CAGUGUCCAUCAGUGCUGCCAGUCAGUGUCCAUUAGUGCUGCCAGUGUCCAUUAGUGCUGCCAGUGUCCAUCUAUUCCACCAGUCAGUGUCCAUCAGUGCCGCCAGUCAGUGUCCAUCAGUGCCGCAUAUCAGUGCAGCCUCAUCAGUGCCUCCUCGUCAGUGCCCAUAACUGCCUUUCAGUGUCAUCCAUCAGUGCCAGUCAGUGCCACCUAUCAAUGCCAGUCAGUGCCACCUAUCAGUGCUGCCAAUCAGUGCCACCUAUCAGUGCCAGUCAGUGCCGCCUAUCAGUGCGCAUCAGUGCUGCCUAUCAGUGCCACCUAACAGUGCCAGUCAGUGCCGCCUAUCAGUGCCAUAUGAGUGCUGCCUUUCAGUGCCCAUCAGUGAUGCCUGUC